GACUGGCCUGACAGCGAGCUGUGUCUUUCCUCAUAGCCCCCCCGCCUCCGCGCCGCUCUUCCCCGGAGACCUCCCCCUGCUCUCGCCGCCGUCCUCGAUUGGAGCUUGGGAUCAGAUAGGUAGAUGGAUGCCCAUGCGCAGCAUCAACGCAGGACUGCCAUGAGCGACGAUGGAGACCACACCUGCCCGCUCUGUGCUGAGGAGAUGGACAUCACUGACCAGCAGCUCAAACCAUGCAAAUGCGGCUAUGAUAUUUGCGUCUGGUGCUGGCACCACAUCAUAGACAUGGCUGAGAAAGAGGAGACUGAGGGCCGCUGCCCUGCAUGCCGCACUCCUUACGACAAGGACAGGAUAGUCAAGAUGGCUGCCAAUUGUGAGAGGACCGUAACAGAGAAAAAUGCAGAGAAGAAGCACAAGACCCAGAAGGUUAAGCCAAAGGCCGUGGCAGCAGCAGCAGCAGCAGCAACAUCAUCUACCGUAGAGGCUAAGAAGCAUCUGGCUAGUGUCAGGGUUAUCCAGAGAAAUCUGGUGUACAUAAUUGGGCUACCUGCACAUUUAUGCAAUGAGAGUGUACUUGAGCGUAGAGAAUACUUUGGUCAAUAUGGGAAAGUUUUGAAGGUUUCAGUUUCCCGUCCAACUGGGCCUCCUUCCCAGCAGGCAUCAGCAAACAACAAUAUUAGUGUGUAUAUUACUUAUGCUAAAGAAGAAGAGGCCGUCAGGUGUAUUCAAUCUGUACACAAUUUUGUCUUGGAAGGAAAAGUGUUAAGAGCAUGCUUUGGUACUACGAAGUACUGCCAUGCAUGGCUGCGGAAUAUGACAUGUGGGAAUCCAGAUUGCCUCUAUUUGCAUGACGUAGGCAGUCAGGAGGAUAGUUUUACGAAAGAUGAGAUCAUCUCAGCAUAUACGAGGACUAGGGUCCCCCAGAUGGCAUCUAGCGUUUCACAAAGACGUGCAGGCACUAUAUUGCCUCCUCCAGCUGAUGAUUUCUCUUACAGUGCGGUGGUUUCCGCCAAGCAUACAGUCAAGAAUGGAACACCUAAUACCACCAACCAGCCCAGAGUUUCACCUCCAAACAGUAGUUCUGGGAGGUCAACGCUUCCACCAGCUGCAUCAUGGGGGCAUCGUGAUUCGAAUGCCAGGACAACAGCUACUGGGGUGACAUCAUUACAGUCUCAGAAAUCAAAAUCAGAGCCACAAAGUAAUUCAUUUUCAAGUUCUUCAACGACUUCAAGUACAAGAAUACCCUCUGCAUGGAAUGAUGAUACAAGUACAGCGCCAACAAUGUCUGAAGGAUGGCAGGUGCCAGAACAAGAUGGUACAUCAAAAACCGUACAGCCAUAUAAGCCUGGUAUUGCAAAGGAAACACAGGCUGUAUCAUCAUUGGAAUCAUCAGUGGACAUAGACUUCUCCACAAUACCUUCUGCUUGGAAUGACGAUGACAUUGUAGUGUCAGAUGGGAUGUCAAAAGGAAGCGAUGAAAUUCAAGCUGGGAAUGAAAAUGGAAAGCUAACCCAUCUAGCUUCUAAGUCACCAAUAUCACCUAAGAAAGACACGACAGUGAACAUUACCAGCAAAAGCCCUUCAGAUUCUGUAUCAAGUAUAGAAAUAUCGAAAUCAGAUGUGAAGACUGGUGAUGGUGACUGCUCAAUUAACAAUAUUGCUCCUGAAAGCCCUACUUCAAAUGAUGUAAACUGCCAAUCUACUUGUCAUGCUGCCGGCGAGAAAAUACUGGAGGAUACUGUACACAGGGAUGCUGGCAUUGACAGUCUAUCUGUUCAGAUAUCUUCAGUAACAUUAGAUGGCAAAGAUGAGGUUCAUAGUAUGGUAGGAAAUCAUCAACCGGAUGCAGUGCCAUGCACGUCUGUUGCAGUGCCCAUGGGUCAGAAUUUUGACAAAGACCAAUCUCAUCUUAAGCUUGAUGGGUUCCUACCUUCAGAAAAUAAGGAUACUCUUUCUUGUCAAUAUAGUUCAGAUAAUCAUCUUGAUUGGAGUUCGGAGCUGCAAAGUAGUAGUGCGACUGCUUUAAGUGAUAUAGUAAAUUCUCUAAUGAUCACUGAGAAACUUAAUAGUAGGUUGAUGGAUGGUUCGGACCAACCAUCAUAUUCCUCAUUUGCCCGUAUUCCUAAUACAUUUGAUACUUCGUUGUGGAAUGAUACAGAAACUAACCCUGCAUUGACCAUUGGCACUAGAACUUCCUCACAGAUGCAGACCGGGUUUUCUUCAAUCAAUAACACUUGUUCCUUGUUAAGUGGAGGUCAAGAUGGGCUAGGGGCUGCAUAUACACUUGGUAAUGUUUCUGGACAUCCAGGAAUGGGAAGUCAUCAGCCUGGAGCAAUGCGUUCAGUAAGAACUGAUAGUGUAGGAAGUUUUGGCAAGACCUUAAGUGUAAAUAAGGAUGAGAGCAGGAUAAUCUCUGAUAUGUUGUCGUCAGAGUUUAAUCCAUGGGAUGAUUCAUAUUCAACUGCUAACAAUUUUGUUAGGAUGCUUAGGGAAUCUGAAAAUAAUGAUGCUUCUUUUGCAAUGUCUUCAUGGAGAUCAGGAUCUGGCAGCAAAGAGUCAAGAUUUUCGUUUGCUAGACAAGAUAACCAAGGAAACAUUUUGGAAUCGUCUCUCAGAAACACUGGUAGUGAGCAGAAUUUCAGUUUGCUACCCCAGAUUUCUCAAGGAAAUGCUUACCGGAAUGGCCCUGCAUUCCAGUCCCUAGAGAAUGAUUUUUCCAGUAGCAACUCUCUUGCUGUGUCAGAUAUGGCAACUACUGGUACAUCAUGGUCUAAAAUAUCUGCACCUCCGGGAUUUUCAGCACCAGCAAGAGUCCCCCCUCCUGGAUUUUCUUCUGGAUUUCUUCCAUCCCAGGAUGGGAUGAAUCCACCUCCUGGAUUUUCUUCUGGAAUUUCAUCUCAUGAUGGGUCUCUGCCCCCUCCUAGAUUCCCUUCUGGAAUUUCAUCUCAGGAAGUGUCUAGGCCCCCACCUAGAUUGCCUUCUCCAUUUUCUUCUGGAUUUUCAUCUCUGGAUAGGCCCAAGUCCCCUUCUAGAUUUCCUACUGCAUUUUCUUCUGGAUUUUCAUCACUGGAUGGGUCUAAUCAGGUGUACGGCUCAAAAUACCCAGAAACUCUUCUCCGGGAUAAUGUUUUGGGUGCCAUCAGUAAUCAUUAUCAAGCUCCGUUUGGCAGACACGCAAGUGACGUAGAAUUUAAUGAUCCUGCUAUAUUGGCUGUUGGCAAAGGGCGGAUGCCUGGAAUGGGGGAUUUAGGGCUGGAUACCCCGGCAUUUCCAGCACAGUUGCAAACAUCAAAUAAUGAUCUAAGGUUUCAGUUAGGUGUGCAACCGAAUGUGCAGUCUCAUCAAAACCUGAGAUUCACAGACCACAUGCAGGAUGCCUUUAACCCUAUGAAUGAUAAUCACCUGGCAUCCAGAUUUUUAGCGCAGAACCAUGGUCCCAUAUCCCCUUACGAGCAGCGGCCACAGCAACCGGGAAACUCACAGCUUAUAAAUGGACAUUGGGAUGGGUGGAGUGAUUUGAGACAAGGGAGUAACACCCCUAUGCCAGACAUGUCGAGGAUGCUAUAUCCAAGUGAAGUGAACAGCUUGCACAGGCUGGGUUCAAAUGAUAUUUACAACAGAGCCUUUGGAAUGUGAUUUGUCUUGUGGGAGAUGCAACUUUGAUCUGCCAUCUUCUUACUUGUGGCGUCUGUGGUGUUGUGAAAGUAACUGGUUGGCCGGCACAUAGUCUAUACCUGAUGUGGAUACUGGUGCUGUGCUUAUGAACUGGCACAUGAGUGUUUAUUGGGAUUGAAAUUGAGCAACAUGAACCUGAGCUAUGGUCCAGCCCUUUGAAAUUACCAGGUUCAUUCUGUUCAUUGAUAUGCGAAGCGAGUUGAAAAUAAAGAUGCAUGUAGAAGAGCAAAGCAACUGAAGGUGAAGUAGAUAGACAUCUCUUAUACAUGUGGUUCGUGGUUUGCAGCUGUGGUGUGACUUGUGAGGGGAAAGAGUUCAAGAAGAAGCUAAGGAGGCAUAGGUUGACAAGGGAGAUUGAAUGAAUCAACAUCUUUGAGGGCUCCCCUCUCGUUUUUGUUGUGUUCCACAGGCAGGCAGGCUGGAUCAAGUUCUUGGUGAUGAUGCGUUGGUACAAUUUUCAUUGUACAUGAUUAACACCUGUGUCUGUAACUUGGCGGCGUGGUUGCACAAAAGCUCUCGUUGGUGUCUGGUUAGUGGCAUGCGUCUUGUGUUGCGUAGGGGAGUGUAUCUGUUAAGAGAGGGGAAUAAGGUUGUAUAAGCCGUGCUCCAUGUUAACAAGAAAGUCGUAAUCUGCUACCAGUAUACUAGUAUAUCGUACCCAUUCAUGAUUUAUCACUGGGCCUAA